CAUCCAGCCACUGCGCAUGCUUGCCGCCCUCACCAACAUGGCGGCCGCUGACGGGUGGGACGUGGCGAAGCGCUGAGCCCGUUCCCGAGGCCGCACCGAGCGCCGUCCGCCCAGCUUGGGCGUGCACAGGGAUGCAAUGUCACUGCAGAAGGUUCUCUCGGAGAGGAUCACUGAAGCUCGUGAGCUGCUGGAACGGGCAGAGGCCCUGUCCCGUUCCCGGGCCGGCGGGGUGCAAGGGGGGCCCAAGCUUUGCAGCAAGCUGAAGGCCGAACUGAAGUUUCUGCGGAAAGUCGAAAUGGGCAAAGUUUCAGUGAAGGAGUCACACCUACAGAGCACGAACCUCACCCACUUAAAGGCAGUCAUUGAGUCGGCUGAAAGCCUAGAGGAUGUUGUUAGCCUUCUGCGCGUAUUUAACUAUCAGGAGCACUCUGGCGGGAAGCAGUCCGUGAUGGUGGACGUCGUUGCAAACGGUGGACUGACGUGGGUCAAAGCUAUCGGGCGGAAAGCUGAGGCGCUGCACAGUAUCUGGGUGGGGAGGGGCCAAUACGGUGACAAAAGUAUUGUUGAGCAAGCAGAAGAUUAUUUGGAAGCCAGCAGACAACAGCUGGUGCAGUAUAGCAAUCCACAUGUUGUGUUUGCAUUUUACAAUGGCAUUUCUAGCCCUAUGGCAGAAAAACUAAAAGAGAUGGGGCUAUCUGUGCGAGGAGAUAUCGUUGCUGUGAAUUCAAUGAUCGACUUUAUGGAGGAAGGUGAUAAAUCGAGUGAUUCUGAAGAAGAUCUCGAGGAGCCUUUGCAAGUGACAAAAGUAGACCGGUCUACAGUUGUUGCCAGUGUUGCUUUUCCCACUGAGGUUAAAGUGGAUUCCUGCAACCGUGCCAAUUUAGAUAUAACCACCUUGAUCACCUUUGUUUCAGCGGUAAGUCACGGUGGAUGUCACUUCAUCUUUAAGGAGAAAGUACUGACUGAACAAGCUACUCAGGAAAGGGCGGAGAGUGUCCUGCCUAAACUACAAGCCUUCAUGAAGGACAAAGAACUAUUUGCUUGCGAGUCGGCAGUGAGAGAUUUCCAGGCAAUUUUGGAGACGUUAGGUGGCCCUGGAGAGAAAGCACGGGCACAGAAGCUGCUGCAGGGAAUCACGGUGGUGCCAGACCAGCCUUCUGAACGGGCCUCCCGACUGGAAGCCAGUGCAAAAAUUAACAGUCGCUCUAUUACCAUUUUUGGUACUGGAGAUGCCUUAAAGGCAAUCACAAUGACAGCAAACAGUGGGUUUGUGCGAGCUGCAGACAAUCAAGGCGUGAAAUUCAGCGUAUUUAUCCACCAGCCUAGAGCUUUGACCGAGAGCAAGGAGUCAACAGCCACUUCUUUACAUACUCUCCACGGGAAUGGACGAUGACUUUAUCAUAUAAAACAAUCUCUCCUAAUCAAAUAUUUGUAAUGUUAAUGUGGGGUUAUUUUAAUGGUGGGACUUGAUACAAAACAUAUGCCUCAUCCUUGUUUUCCUUUUCAUUGAUGCAAAUCUUGCAGGCUGUAUAAGAAGUGCCUGUUGUCAGUUUUGCACCUCUCUGCAAAAGUACCCAUCAGAUUUUUAAAAUACAAAACAAAAAACAAUCAACAAUAAAUGCAUAUUCUCUGUA